AUGCUGAGAGAAAUGCUUGGUUGCUGCAAGGUUUACAUAUCCGAAGCGCGGAAUAAGACUGCCCUUGAAGCCAUUGAGAGAGCUGCAAAGCCUUUUCCACCAGCUGCAAUCGUCAACAAGUUUGAAGACUCUGCUUAUGGCAGGGUUGGUUACACUCUUGUCUCCACUCUUCCUCGCGGCUCAUCCUCUCCCCUCAAGAAUGCGGUCUUUGCAAUGGUCAAGACUGCUCUCGACACUAUCAGUCUCGAGUCGCAUUGUGGAUCCCAUCCCCGCCUUGGUGUGGUCGAUCACAUAUGCUUUCACCCCCUGUCUCAAACCUCUAUCGAACAAGUUUCCGCCGUUGCCAAUUCCUUAGCAAUGGAUAUCGGCUCCAUUCUUCGAGAUAUGAGUCUCCCUGGUGCAGUUCCUACAUAUCUUUAUGGAGCAGCACAGGAAGAGCAAUGCACGCUGGAUUCGAUCAGAAGGAAGCUGGGGUAUUUCAAGGCGAACAGGGAUGGACAUGAAUGGGCAGGUGGGUUGGAGCUGGAGGUGGUGCCAGUGAAGCCAGACGCAGGGCCACGAGAGGUGAGCAAAGCCAAAGGGGUAGUGGCGAUUGGGGCGUGCGGAUGGGUGAGUAACUACAACGUGCCAGUCAUGUCAAGCGAUCUCAAGGCAGUGAGGAGAGUGGCAAGGAAGGCGAGCGAGAGAGGAGGUGGCUUGGCUUCAGUGCAGACAAUGGCGCUGGUGCACGGGGAAGGAGUGAUAGAGGUUGCAUGUAACUUGUUGAAUCCAAGCCAAGUGGGAGGAGAUGAAGUUCAGGGACUGAUCGAGAGGCUUGGGAGAGAGGAAGGUCUGCUUGUGGGAAAAGGGUAUUACACGGACUAUACACCAGACCAGAUCGCUCAAAGAUAUAAGGACUUGCUCAUCAAUUCAUAA